UUUUGGUUUUGUUCGGCGUUUUUAUUGAACCAACAAAGACGAAAGGAAAAUUUUGAGCAGCAGCAGCAGAACAAUGGACGCCAUUGAUUCCGUCUUCGAUCCUCUCCGGGAGUUCGCCAAGGACAGCGUACGUCUCGUCAAGCGCUGUCACAAGCCCGAUCGCAAAGAGUUCACGAAGGUGGCCGUUCGUACAGCAAUCGGCUUCGUUGUGAUGGGAUUCGUCGGCUUCUUCGUCAAGCUCAUCUUUAUCCCCAUCAAUAACAUCAUCGUCGGAUCUGGUUAGACAACUGAGGCCACAAAAAGGGAAGGCUCCAAACAGGACUCUUCAUCAGCUGUUUCAAUUCGCACUAAUGUUUUUAAGAAUUUAAAGUUUAAAUUUAUUUGCUGGAUAGGAAUUACAGACUCAAUGAAAUGGCUAUAGUGAACUGCUAGUCUCGUCUCUUUAGUACUCCAAUGUGCUUGCUUGUGUUUACUGUUUAUCAAUGUCUGCUUGCUGAAAAUGAGUUACUUUAGAGUAAAAGAAACGAUUUUGGCUUUA